GAAGUGUGAGCGACGUCGAGCUGACGUAGCCUCGCGUGGAGGCGCUGUGCUCGCGAUGGUCGCCGUCAAGUGAACCUGCGACGUUGCUGCCCGGAUCGAGAGGGUUUGUUUGUUAGUUUGUCGAUCAACUCUCGCGUCUUUUCUUUCAACGUUCUUUGCUUUCUUUGUUUAUUUCGCGGUGCGUAAAGUGUCGGUGAAUGUGAGAACAAUUCAGGUUGCAACGAUGGACGGCGAGGAUGAGGGCAGGAUUCUUUUGUGCCGUGCUUGAAGCAUCGCGUCGUCGAUGAAUGACAAGGGGUACUUAGCAUCUCGGUCGGUAAUGAGCUGCAUCGUGAAGAAAAUCGACGAUGGUGUCGUGUGAAAAUCGCGUUAUGGAUCCAACAUCGAACGCUUCUUGCUCUUACUGGGACCCCGAUACCGUGAACUGAAUCGAUGGCUGCCGCCGGUGUACAGCUACUUCAAAACAGCCUAGCGAAUCUUCGAAAACAAAGCGUACUUCCAACAAAACCAGGAUUUCUGGAUUGCGCCUGAUUGUACCUCGCUUCUCUUCAUGCAAGGGAUCGACAGCCGAUUCACUCAUCUACCGGCGCCUCCUACCAGCCGCCGGCAACGAAGUCAGAAACACUGCAAACUUGCCACCGAUCCUUUGUGGCGAUAGCGAUCACCACGUUCCCGAGGGAACAGAUGAAUUUCCCGAUCGUUGGCACAGUAUCGCAACAUCACGUGAGGUUGAAGAUGAAGCGCAUCCUUAUAAAACAAAAUGUGGCUAAAUGAACGAAACAGAUAAACUGUAAUGCUCGCGGCGGCUACAAUGUGAUGUUUUUGUCGUUGCAAGCGGACUCACAAGCGAAACCACCCAUGAAGAAUGAGACAGGAGGAACUGUUUGCACAGAGCUCGUGAUAUCAACUUAUAUGUAGAUUGAAGGUGAAAGAUCAAGAACAAGAGCACAUAAUUUAAUGCUUGGAGUGAAACUUCGAAGCCAGGCAACAGUUUGUCAGUGAAAUUCGUUUCUGAAAGGGGAUGACACUACACCCCUAGCUUGGAAGCCAAAAAACUUGUACGGAGUCUGAACACGCAAAGACUGCCUCGGCUUGAUAGAAACGGUGUGAUAUAUGUUCAGAUAAGAGUCUCAGGUCGGGAAAGGUAGCCUGUGUAUUAAUACGUAUCAUCGGAAAAGUAGUAGCUGAAGAACCAAGAAAAGAUUAUGCCGCACAUAAGCGUUCAAUUGUAUCCGCUGUUCUGUUACAAUUUUUGAGCAGCAAUCUUUACUAACUUCUAUUCGCGUGGAGUACCAAAGGUUUUCGUCUCUCGUUAAUUUAAUGGGUGAGUAGUUUGAAUAUCGCUUGCAAUUUAUUUCGGAUAACCCGCGUUCUGUAAAAGAAACUAAUGAAUUGUCAAACGGAUGGUGAUGCUCCGUGAGUCAGCUGAAUGCUAAGGAAAAACUUGAACGGAAAGGAAAUUUCAUACCGGUGCUGUACACAACAUGGGACACUGGACACUAGAGUUUCUCUUGGAAAUCAUCUUGCUGAAUCUACUUGCGAUCAGCACACGUGCAGACUAAAAGGCAAUAGCAGCACAAACUAGUACUAGUGUUUCCGGACUUGUGCGUCCGAAGAAAUUAUUAACGUUCUGCUAAACUCGAUGUUCAUAAUUUCAUCUUAUCCGUUGCUCCUGAUCGGAAGGGUUGCUAUAAAAGGUUAAACUAGGGAGGACAACAGCAUCGCGUAUUCUGCGACUGAUAUCUCCCGUAUUCUUAGAAAGGCUACGUCAGAAUUUUGGCCUUUACUUUCUGCAAACUGCCUUAAAAUUUGCAACACACUUCAUCGCAACCGCUAAUUUUCUUAAUCCUCGGAUUUUUCUGCUGUCGGUACAGCAGUUCUUCCGAAAAUAACUUCGUUGAAAGUCUUUAUCAUUGUUUUGCGUGCUUCGGUGAUUAGCCUGCAUUCCAGACAGUUUAAGAGUGACAUUACAACAUAGAAAUCAUCGCUUCAUUGAAUGUGCAAGAAUAGUAUGAGGCUUAAUAUUAAACCCUGCUAACCUAUCUUAACAUAUCGGCAGUCAUUACCUAGAGCUUAAAACUAGUGUCGCGCUUUACCAGUCAUCAAACACAGCACCUUCAAUCUAACCAAAAGAACUCCAGGCUCUAGAAAGCCGAAAAUCACUUAAUCUCUGCCAUAAUUAUGAAGUUUUGACCAAACUGCAGAUUGAAGUGACCAUUUCAAGGGUUUCCUGAUAAAUAACAUGGUAGCCUAAACAUCAGAACCACAUGUAAAGAUACUUUGAUAUUCAAAUUUGUGAUGGUUAACCGCAUUGGAGUUCGAUACUAUUCUUCGCGACGCCCUGCAGCUCUAAGAACAAUGGCGUCUUUUUGACAGGAUCACAGAAACUUAGUUGGUCCAGCUGUUCCCCUUUAUCAGAGAAGUAGUUGACCCAAAAGAUUGAAAAACAGAUUUACUGCUCUAAUGAAACUAUCGCUUAAUGCUGCACAUUUAGACGACGCGUAAAGCGGCGAUAGCUUUAGCUACAACUACGCCAUAUCUCCUUUACAAGAAGAAUCUUCUUCGACGUUGUAAACAUCGGCAUACAGUCAAGUCCUUCUUGUGCCCUGUCUACUGACCGUCACCUGUGUAAGCAGAUCUCCGGACUAAUAAAAAGCGAAAACCGGAAGCCUCAGUUCUGCGAGCUUGCCGUCAGUUCGCAAGCUUUCGCUGGAAGUCUUCUCACGAGGUUGUCGCCAGAAGUGUCUACUUGAACUCUUCACCGGCCGGAGUCUUCAAACGGAGUCUUCAUCUGAAGUCAUCGCCAAAAUCUUGACCCACGACGUUUCAUCGGUUGUCCUAGCCGGAAGACCUCAAUUGAAGGCGUCCAAGAGCACGCGGUCGUUGGUCCAGACUUCGAAGACGUCUUGUGCAGAGCAGUGCCGCUACAUGGAAGCCAGCGCGGGUUUUCGCAUCGGCUUCCCGUACGCCCUACAUGCUCCAGGUCUGUACGGCCCGUCGUCCUUCGGCAGCCCACUGUCCGGGGACUCAGCGACCGCUGCCGUUCUUCGAGGCAGCGGUGGCAGUGGUCGCGGCGGCGCCUCCCCACCAGCCAGCGGCACGACCCGGGCAGAAGUGGCGGACCUCGGUGGGGGCGAGGAGCUGCGAAGCGACGACGACUCACCGGGACCCGUCGCCCACAGGAUGGGUCUGCCGCCCACCAGUUCAUGCUUCGGCGUGUCAGUCCACCCAUCCACCCUGGCUGCAGAGAUGUCGCCCACACAAGGCCAUCACGCGCUGCAGAGGCAAAAUGCACCCGCACUCGCAACACCACUUGCACCCAGGCUCCGUCGUCUCCGUCGGAGCACGACCCUCCCUCGCAGCCGUCACAGCGGCCGUAUCGGCGCCGCAGCCGAGCCUGACCAGUCUGCCGGGCCACCAGCCCGGUGAGCGGCACCGUGCCCCGUCGACCCCCGAGCCUCCUCAGGCGCCGCCCGCGAGUCAGGCGUCCGCCAUGAUGGCCGGGGGCCGCAAGCACCGGCACGCCAAGACCAUGCGGCUGAGCAUCAACGCGCGCGAGCGAAGGCGCAUGCACGACUUGAACGACGCGCUCGACGAGCUGCGCUCCGUCAUUCCGUACGCGCACAGCCCGUCUGUGCGCAAGCUCUCCAAGAUCGCCACGCUCCUGCUCGCCAAAAACUACAUCCUCAUGCAGGCCAAUGCCCUGGAGGAACUGCGUCGCAUCAUCGCGUACAUGAACCAGGCCGGAGGCGUGGCCAUCCCAGCCGCAGCCGCGGGUCCCCUGGCGGCUUGCUGCCCCGUGCCGGCACAGGUGGCCUCGGUGCCAGAACCACGGCGGGGAAACCGGAAGAGGAGGCAAGUUCCAGGGAACCCCGAGUUCCGGUCUCUUCUCGCCAUUCGCGACCGCGCUGAACGGCGGAAGCCCUACGGACUCCGGAGGCGGGACCAGUGACGGCAAGCCGUGACUGUACGCGAACGCGUCGCAAACCUUGACUAUAUGUCGCUUCUGUGUACGUCCUUGUUGUGACAAUGCGGUUUCGCUGCUGUCUACGUCACGUUCACAACGGACAAACAGUGACGUCAUCGGCGAAGAACAGUGACGCCAUCCACAGCCAUGUUCCCUGGACUCGUUGACGAAUGCGCGUGCUCGUUUGUGCGUACGCUCCUGUUGUGAUUUCGCUUGCUGUCUACGUCACGUGCACGGCGGACAACAGUGACGUCACCAAAAGCCGAGUUUCCUGGACUCGUUGAGUAGUGCACGUGCGCCGUUCCCCAAAGCGAAGAUGGACGCUAGGACACAUCUGCGCUGUUGAGUCGUGGUACUCUUUUCGUGGCCCGCGUGGCCAGUGGAUAAGUGUGCGCACUGCGCUCUUCGAAGCGUCACCGCAAGGACGGCAACGUUUUGUGCGGUUAAGGUUUGAACGUAAACACGGCUUUGCGAGCACAUGUCGCUACACGGCACGGAUGAGCACGCGUUCCCGUCAAGCCUAGGACAAGGUGUAGUCGUUGGAAUAUUUAGGCCUUGCUCUAAACGAGAAGAAAAAAAAAAAAACAGGCUGUUUGGCAUUGCUCUUACGAUGUCACGAGUCGUACUGUAGGAGCCGAGCGAGAAAUAUCCAGGAAAUCGUGUUUUACGAGGCGAUUACUCUUUAAGAGGUGUCACUUGAUAAACCACAGUUGUUGGUCACCCCAACUAAUUUCGUCGUUCGUAGCGCUCUUUUAAAUUCGCGAGUGGGAGUCGAUCGCGAAAAUGAAGUAUCAAGAGAGCCGUAGUUAACACGUUUCGUAUGACUGAAAUAUUCCGCAGGUAAAGUAUACAUCACUAAGAAAUCAAUAAUUAUACACGUACUUUGGUUUAGUGGCAAUGUCUUACAGUAUCUACCGCCAUACGAACUAAGGGCAGUGGCAUUCACAAGCUAGCUUGUACCGGUGACUUGCUUGUGCCAAAUGACUAUCAACAAUUGGAAAAAUCACUUCACGAUCUUAAUUAAAAAAGUAGUUCAUUUAACAAAAAAAGUCGCAUAUCAAUAUAAUAUAGGACACUGGCUGUAAUGUUUUACACGACAUCUAAAUUUCUCGACGUAUCAUACGCUAUUGAAUGCGUUGACUGCGUUCGCGUGACGCGCCAUAGCCUCAAUAUAGCAGUGCUAACCUCUUGUCUCAGUUGGGUUUCAAAAAUCAUGCAAUUACCCGGAGAGCUCUUGUCAGAAAUUAGCACAAAAUAUUGAGGGCGCCUCGACGUCCUCUUUGAUAGAGCAGUUCGCCUUUUUGUUAUCUCGAAAAAUUUGUUCGGGUUGCAAAACUGUUGCGAAAGGCGCGAAUCAAUUGUGACCAGGGAGAGGUUGUUGAAGAGCACAGGUUGUAAUUCGGUAACCGCUGUAGCCAGAACAUCGACGCAACUACAAGCGCCGCAAAUAACAUUUAUGUGUUCAAAUGGCUAAUGCGCCAAAUAACGCGAUUCUCUAGUUGUUGUUACAGCUAAGCUGUACGGCUAUGCGGAACCAAAAUUCGUCCGUCCUAUGUGCGCGAAAACUCCUAGCGCGUACCUGUCAAAGAAAUUGGGUGAUUCUCACUACUCGCCACUGAUCCACUAAAAAUGAAGAAUUUGACACACGGGCGACAAACAUCAAUUAAGAUUUCUGGAUAGACGUAACCAGUACUUAAGAAAGACUUUAACGAAUCGUCAGGAUCAACGCAGUGAUAAAACACUGGAUCCACACGUUUCAGCAUCGCCGGUUAAUCAUCUGUACGGAAGUGCUUUAACGGUGAUUUUUGGAACAUCUUUUUUUUUGGUCUUCUAUAAUCCCUUGUGUACGUUAGGCCGAGGCCUAACAACUUAUCUUCUUUUCAACUUACCUGCUUUGGUCUGUAGGUGUUAACAAAAGUGCUGCCCCUGACUUUCUUGUGUUCCUCGAGUGUUCGUUGUGUCCCAGCUCUUCGGUGAAGAAGACUCCGUCAACGGACUUUUUCAAAACGCGGUUGUUCGCGGUGUGAACGCGAGCGUGCGAGAUUUAUGCA